CGCGUGUGUGAGCAAGAGAGGGGGAGGGAAGGAGCUCUGUUGUGCAUGGCCGUGAUAUUCUCUCCUCCUGGAUGGUGCCUCUCCUCCAUGGCUUAGUCUCUUCCAGCCGCCGUCGUGUCCCCAGGAUCAGGCUCCAGCGCAGGCAGCGCUGCCCAGCCUGCCGUGGGUGAACCCUCCCCAACAAAGAGCCUUUGAGAUGGCAGCGAGAGCUUUCGCCUGGAGGGAGGAACACAUCAGGGUUUCCCAGGCAAGCGGAAGCCUGCAGUGUGUGUCCGUCUGAGAGGCAGCCUGCCUCAACCGUGUGUGUGUGCGUGUGUGUGUUAGGGAGAGUAAAUGUGCGAGGUGGAGCGUGUGCAACGGAGUGUUUGAGUGUAUGUGUGUGUGUGUGUGUGCACUCGGUCGCAAGCCUGUUCCCUGCGUGGAGAAGAGGCUCUCCUCGUCAGAGAACAACAAGGGCCGACGUAAACUGGUCGAGCCGUCGCUCUCGCGGGACUGAGGAUGUUUCGCAAGAAGAAAAAGAAGAGGCCCGAGAUCUCGGCCCCGAGGAACUUCGAGCACCGGGUGCACACCUCGUUCGACGCCAAGCGCGGCUGCUUCGUGGGCCUGCCAACGCAAUGGCAGAGUCUGAUCGAGAACCUGCGGCGGCCCAAACCCAUGGUGGACCCGUCCAGGAUCACAGACGUGGAACUCAGACCCAAGAAGACCAUCGUGCGGGGAAGCAUGAUCGGACACGGGGACUACAUCGCCGCCAUGAUCAACGACAUGAGCCGGCUGUCGGUCACCAGCUCCAACUCCCUGAGGAAGAGCAGCCCCUCGUCCAGGAGGAGGGCUCAGUCUCUGGGCCGGCUGGGGGAGGUCUGCGAGGGGGACGUGUACCAGUACGAGGACCUGGGUCUGGAGGAUCACCUGGCCCAGAGGGAGUGGAGGGACGGGGCCCGGAACGACCUCCGCGAGGGCGCGCCUCCGUACUCGGACACGAAGACGAGCGUCUCCCUCCAGCCCAACGGGGUCCUCCCCCGGGCCAGGUCCACCUACGAGGUGAGCGUGAGCUCUCUGGACGGGCCCCCGCCCCCCCCCCUGCCCCUGCUGGCCUACGGGGGAGGACAGGUGGGUAGCCCCACCGACAGACUGAUGAUGAGGAGGGAGUUUCCUCUGAGCAGGGCCAUCCCUCCCAACCAGCGGCCCGUAGCCUGCUUCUACAGCCCGGCCAUGGCUGUCCACCAGGCCCCUGGAGCCCCUGGAGCUCCCCCUGCAGAGUACCGCACCAACAUACCUCUGUACAUCCACCCCCACAGCCCUGGGGGGCCUUACUCCUCAUACGACCUCAAGGCAGAGUCUGCUGUCAGGCAUCACUCCAGCCUACUCGCUAGCGGCACCAGCAGCCCACUAGUGAGCAGCAUCAGAGCCCACAGGCCGGUCCGCUCCUCCGCCAGUUACACCCUGGGCCUGUCCCCCAACAUGGGCCAGCUGAGGCCUGGAGGUCCUGAGCCUUACCACCGACACUCAGCCUGCCCCAACCCCCCUCACCCCAGACAGGACAGCCCCUCCCAGCCUCGACCCUCCCCAACGGGCUCCCUGGCCACCAGCCCCCCGGGAACCUGCUCCCCGGCCUUCAGACCCCCCCACCACCCCUGCCCCAGGCCCCCCCCAGACCCCCCCAAAGUGACUCACGAGCAGUUCAAGGCUGCCCUGCAGAUGGUGGUGGAUAAGGGAGACCCGCGGUCGUACCUGGAGAACUUUGUGAAGAUCGGGGAGGGCUCCACGGGGGUGGUCUGCAUCGCCAGGGAGAAGCACAGUGGCCGGCAGGUGGCCGUGAAGAUGAUGGACCUGCGGAGACAGCAGAGGAGAGAGCUGCUGUUUAACGAGGUGGUCAUCAUGAGGGACUACCAGCACAGGUGUGUGGUGGAGAUGUUCAAGUCUGCGCUGGUGGAGGAGGAGCUGUGGGUCAUCAUGGAGUACCUGCAGGGUGGAGCGCUCACUAACAUCGUGUCUGAGACGAGGCUGAGCGAGGAGCAGAUAGCCACGGUGAGUGAGGCAGUGCUGCAGGCCCUGGCCUACCUCCACUCCCAGGGGGUCAUCCACAGAGACAUCAAAAGUGACUCCAUCCUGCUCACACUGGACGGCAGGAUCAAGCUGUCAGACUUUGGGUUCUGUGCCCAAGUCAGCAAAGAUAUCCCCAGGAGGAAGUCCCUGGUGGGGACGCCCUACUGGAUGGCCCCCGAGGUCAUCUCCAAGUCCCCAUAUGGCACCGAGGUGGACGUGUGGUCGCUGGGCAUCAUGGUGGUGGAGAUGGUGGACGGGGAGCCGCCCUACUUCAGUGAGACUCCUGUUGCAGCCAUGAGGCGCCUGAGGGAUGAGCCUGCCCCCUCCGUCAGACACGCCAGCCAGGUCUCCCCAGUGCUGAAGGACUUCCUGGACCGCAUGUUGACCCGGGACCCAGGGCAGCGAGCCAGCGCCACAGACCUGCUGGAGCACCCCUUCCUGCUGCAGAGCAGCUCACCCCAGUGCCUGGUCCCCCUGGUGGAGCAGUACCGCAAGCGCAUGUCCCGCUGCUGACGCCUGGAGCCCAGAGACCCUCCCCAGCCACACCAACCUUGCUCCUGGGCCCAGACCGGCCCUGACCCCCCCCUCCCCCCUCUUCCCAGCACCCCUCCAGACCAAUGGGAGAGCAGGAAUGGAACGCAGACCCCGCCUGGUGCUGUUAGGGCUCACAACGGGCCAGUGAGUUUGGUAGGCCGGGACUGGGCCUGACUUUAAGAGAAGCACUUUAGCCGUGAGUAGAGGUUGUGUUGAAGGCAGCAUGUGAGCAGUAACUAAUUUCCACGCCGUCUGGGACUCUGCUUGGGAGUGACAGCCUGCAGGAUUCCUGCUGACACAACAGCCAUCUCACAUCGCUGUGUUACUGGCUUGACAUCGAGGAUGACACUGAACUGCAUUCUCAUCCAUUGCAACGGAACAAGACAGUGUUUGGAUACUAGUCGCGCAUUCAGUUUUAUUCCUAACUCAAGCUAUAGCUCAUGACCUGUUACAUACAUGUUACCUCUCCAGCCAUACAGGGGUGAACACCUGUGUGUGGAUGGAGCUGUUUGCAUGGCCACAACACUGG